AUGCUCAACUACACCCGUCAAGCCUCACCCGGCUUCCCUUAUCACCUCAACUUCCCCGGGCCCAUCGCGGAUCUACAGCGGCAUCAAACCACCCCAAUAGGGUGUUCUGAUGAUCUAGUAGAGGGAGAGGCAGAUAUGGGAGCAAAGGCAGAACCAUCUAUCGUCCAAGACACAGCACGUCCUAUCCCGAGCGUCAUGCGUGCAAGCACUUGUACCAGUGGCGGGCACGACAAAAACACAACGCCCUCGGGAUACGUCGGGGACCUACGGAGGUGUGGCCUGUGUUUUCGGCGCGUCAACCCACACGCCGCGGCCGGAGCCUGGUCACCUGCGUCUAUGUGGAUGGAGGUCGCGCGAGGGCAGUCGGAGCGCGCGGUACUUGCAUUCCACUAUCCGUUGUUCACAGACAGCGCCAGGGUCGGGGCGUGUGUUCAGGAGCGGCGGCCGCUGGCGACCUCCUGCAUCUCCCCCGCCGCACCAGAGAAAAUCCAACUUCUCCAUGUCAGGCAUCUCGAGCACCUACAUACAGUACAUGGACGGCUUGGUAUUCAAGUAUCUCUGGUAGAGACUUCACCGCUUCUGCCAGUGCCGCCAGCUCUGCUACGUACGGGUUCUGCUCUGAUCUCAGACCGAGUGUGCUCUUUCUACGAGGCUCUCCGAGAGUGGAUAAAGAAUAACAAACCCGAAAUACCCGACGACUUCACACGAAAAGCCAAGACCCUGGUUGAUGAAUUGAGUAAUUCGGAUGACGCUCCCAAUAGGAAACGUCGGCGGUAUGACACAGGAGAGGACUCGACUGGUAGUGCUACACCUACCCUGAAGCGAGUCAGACAGGACCAAGGGUCAAAUAUAAUGUCUGUCGAGAGAAUCCUCACACAAUCCUUCCCAGACAAAGAUGAAGGUACUCCUGUGACCACCGAAGGCUCAGAGCACAGCGAACUUGGCGCCAGUGACGACAGUGAUGACAGAGACGACGAAGAGAAACCUUCCGAGCCAGAACCAGCUCAACCAGCUUACCCAAUUCAACCGGUUCGUCAAGAUCAACCAGUUCCAGUUUCUUUAAGUGGCAUAGUGUACGAGGUGACUGCAAUCGAAGGCAUUCAUCUACUUUCAGAUAGUAUGUUUGAGGGUGGUGGCUCACUAACGAUCCCCACACACGAGGGAGCAUCUCCAUUCAUCAUGUUCAAGAUUUCGGGGAAAACCGCCAUGCACUUAAUACGGAGGAAGACACGGGCGAAGUUGAGUUUUUGA